GAGCCAGUGUGACGAGCUGCGGAGCGUCCAGAGCCGACGUACAGAGCAGCAGGUGUGUUCGGAGCGAGCCGCUCAGGUGAGGAGUCGGCAGCAGCGGCAGCAGCAGGAGCAGCAGGAGGAUGAGGUGUUCGAGGAGCUGUGGGAGGCCGAUCGCAGGGCCAAAGAGGAGAAGGAGGCGCAGAGGGAGGAGAGCCGGCGGCAGAGGAACCGGCAGCAGGUGGAGGUCAUCAGGAGUCAGAUGGAGGAGGCGGAGCUUCAGAGACAGAAGCACCGAGAGCUGAGGGAGGAGGAGGCCACGCUCAUGCUGCAGCAGCAGGAGAUGCAGGUCCUCCAGCAGCAGCGUGAGCAGCAGCAGACUCUUCAGGACCAGCGGACCCAGAGGAGGCAUCUGGAUCAGGGCCUCCGUCUGAAGAUGAAGCGUCUGUCCAGAGAGCAGCAGGACGAGCUGCAGCUGGACGUCAACAUCCUGCAGACGCUGCUGGGACAGGAAGUGGACGAGAAACAGGAAGUGGCUCAGAGGAAGGUAAAGAGAGGAGCACACGCUUCAAUAUUUAAUAUUAACAUAACAUUUUAUUUAAUAAAUAUGAUCUUUUGUUUGUAAAAUCU